AUGGACGACGAGGCCGGCGGCAUCCUCAAUAUUGAAAUAUCCGAUACCGACGACGGCUGCAAAAAAGCAGACCGCACUGGCCAAACAGAAGCCGAAUUCCAAGCCGUAAAGCAGGCUUACCGCGUCAAGGUUGAAAACGGCGAGCUUCACAAAACCAUCAACCUGUCUCUCGACCCAGCUGCCAACAAGCAGCGCGUCCAAGAGGUCCUUCACGCCGUUGAGGAGCUUUACUUCUUCAGGCGAUACCGAGAUGCCCUCAACUUCAUCAAGACGCUGCAGAGCGACGGCAGUUAUCGGGCUAUCGACGGCGAUGCUCGUAAGCAGAUCCUGAUCUACGAGGGUAAAUGCCAGCACAAAUUGAAUUCCCCAUCAUGA